AUGACUACAGCUAGAGCUCGCGCGUCACUGCGCAAUGCAGAGCACAUUGACGUGCACGAGGACGACAUCAAAGAGGAAGACGCCGAAGAGACACUAGACGAAAGCAUGGAUCCCCUUGAAGAGAGCGGGCACACGGUGGACAGCAGUGACGAAGAGGUCGAGGAUGCCGUGCAGGAAGACAUUGCGCGUUUUGAAGAGUCCUUCUCUGGCAUCAACAAGCGGUUUCGACUCAUUAACCGCAUCGGAGAAGGAACAUUCUCAACCGUGUACAAGGCUGAAGACCUGGAGUACAACAAGUACGACAAUGGCUGGGACGUCGACGAACACGAGGAGCGAAAGUGGUCGUCACCAGCUACCCGACGACGCCAGGCCAGACGACCCCACUACGUAGCCAUCAAGAAGAUCUAUGUCACUAGCAGUCCGAUACGAAUCUUCAAUGAGCUCGAAUUGCUCUUCGAUCUGAGGGGUGCCGACUCAGUAUGCCCAAUCAUCACCGCCUUCCGCCACCUGGACCAGGUUGUCGCCGUUUUGCCCUACUAUCAGCACAGCGACUUUCGCGACUACUACCGCGACAUGAAGAUUUCAGAGAUGCGCCUAUACUUCCGCAGUCUCAUUCUUGCACUGCGGGCUGUACAUGCAAAGAAGAUCAUCCAUCGUGAUGUCAAGCCAACCAACUUCCUAUACAACCCUGCUCUAUCGAGGGGCGUCCUAGUCGACUUCGGCCUCGCUGAGCGUGAGGGUACUGAUUGGCAUCAAUGCACAUGUCACCUCACAGAUGAUGACCGCCGCUACAGAAUCGCUCACAGCGUAUAUGCGCAGACUCAGCAAUCAGGACACAACACGACCAGCUAUCCCAAGAAUGAUACGCGUAGUAGCCGUCGAGCCAACCGAGCUGGUACCCGUGGUUUCCGUGCGCCGGAAGUUCUUCUCAAAUGCACGCAGCAGACCUGCUCAAUCGAUAUGUGGAGCGUCGGCGUGAUUCUUCUCACCAUGCUGUCACGCCGCUUUCCUUUCUUCCACAGCGCAGACGACAUUGAUGCGUUACUGGAGAUUACAACUAUUUUCGGGCGCAAGAAGAUGCGAGAGACGUCCAUCCUUCACGGGCAGGUCUUUGAGACUAACGUGCCAAGCUACAGCGAGGGCGGCCAUACCUUGGAGAAAAUCAUACUCUGGUGCACCGGACGUACCGGUGACAAGACACAACCAAAGAGGGAGCUUGAGGAUGAGGAAAAAGAGGCUGUGCAGUUCCUGUAUCGGCUACUGGAGUGCAACCCAAGAAAGCGUAUCACUGCCGAUGAGGCACUACGCCAUCCGUUCAUUACAAAAGCGAACGAAGACAGCGAAGCAGACGAGGAUAUGGUCGACUUGGUCGAAGCGUAA